CCAGGGCCCAGCCUUGCCACCUCGCUACGAUGGCCGGCGUGGUUAAGACAGUGUGCACACUGCAGCCCCCCUCGGUGCUGAGCGGCGGCCCGCCCGCAGACUCACAAACUCGAGCCACUUCUAAGAGCUUAUUACCUGUUAAGUCUAAAGAAGUCGAUGUUUCCAGAAUUCUUCAUCCAGGAGUUUCAGAAAAUGAUGUUAUGAAAAUCAUCAAACCAAGGCGAGAGACUGGGCAGGUGAAAGCUGCAGAUACUGCCAUCAAGAGGAAUGUCAAAAAGAGCUAUAGACCACUGAGUAAGCAGAAAUCGGGGGAAGAGCUCAAGGAUAAGAACCAGAUCUUAGAGGCUGUCAACAAGCAGUUGCACCAGAAGUUGACUGAAACUCAGGAAAAACUGAAGGACCUGACCGAAAAGGUGGAACUGCUGCAGAAGUUUCAGGACAACAGUUUGGCAAUUUUGGAGAGCAAGGGCCUCAACCCAGACGCUGAAACCCUGGAAACAGAGCAAGAAUCCAACCCGGAUCAUGUGGACUCUAUGUUGCUGUUAGAAACUUUGCAAGAUGAACUGAAGCUUUUUAAUGAAACAGCCAAAAAGCAGAUGGAAGAGUUACAGGCAUUAAAAGUAAAGUUGAAGAUGAAAGAAGAAGAGAGGGCCCGGUUCCUAGAACAGCAGAUCUUAUGUAACAGCCAAGUAAAUGAUUUUACAACAGCCCUUGAGGAAAUGGAGCAGCUAUUAGAAAUGUGAUAAAAAGCAAGUGGCCAGAUGGCUCUCUUGGGAAUUAACUUGAAGAGAAAGCCACUAAGGAUAUUUGCUUCUUGGCCGUAAUCUUACCAUCCCUAGAAUGAAAACAGUUUUGGCAGUAGGAUUAAGGACAGUUUAUGCUGGAAUGGCGGUUCCUCCUUUAAGCAAGUGUUCCCAACCUUCACAUUGGUCAGAAGUCUACAAGAAAGGGGUCUGGAAACUUGGAUCAGCUCCUAGGCAACAGUGCGACAUGCCGUUAGAAUCAGGAGACUAAACCAGCCACUGCCAGAGGACCCAAAAGGUCACACUCAGAUGUGUGGGAAGAAACCCUUAAUUGUACAUUGGAGCUUAGGUGCUCCACAGGGAACAUCACUGAGGAGCCACACAGCCCUCUUCUGAUUUGGAACACAUUCUUUCCCAUCCUGGUUGGGCUCUGUACCUCAUAAAUUUGUGAACUUAAGUUACUUGAAAUGGCUUACUAAAUGGGGUGAAGGUAUAGAUAGCAGUAACACCUACCUGAAACAAUACAACUUGGAGCUUUUAAUCUAAAUUACUUCUGUGUUUUUUAUAUGUAUAUAUAUAUAUAAAGUGUUAAUUUUAAAAUAAAUAUUUCUGUAACUGUU